GUUUACUAGGUCGUCGUUAUUUACGUACUGCAUAUAAAAGUUUUCUCUUUUGUCACUUAAUGGUCACAUUCAAAUGAAGUGUAUAAGACAAGGUUACGUACUGUGAAUAAGGAUAAAUAAUAUAUUCGUUGUAUGGGUUCUUCAACAUCAAAGCAUCCCUUCAAUGCGAAAUUUUUUUCAGAAACGUUUCUCGCUGACAUAGGUUGUGACGAUAAAGGUACCGUUUUGUGCAAGGAUGAGGGUUUGCCAUGUCUAAAUGGUGGAGUUUGCGCACUUUAUAUAUCCGAAAUCGAUGACAAGUGCAUUAAACGCUGCAAGUGUACUGAUGAUUACAUUGGUGAUUAUUGUCAAUUCUAUGCUGGAUUCUAUUCUGCUACAAUCGGUUUAGUCGUUGGACUAUUUGUUACACUUUUAAUAAUCUUAUUCGCGGUUAUUUUAAUUUGGUAUUGUUGGGUACUACAAUCUCAAAGAUACUGAUAUAUAGAUCAGCUACACGUUGAUUCAUUUGGCAAACUUUGAACACCGAAACUAGGUCAUCGAAAUUUCUCAAUAAGUAUAUGAUCUCAAGUCCCCGACGUCAGUGACUAUUACUCCGAACGAUUUGGGUUAGUACUGAUUCAUUUUUUGGUGAAACGUAUUUUGAAAAAUUGGAACAACUUGAACUGGUGAACUUUUAUCUAAGGUUACACACUGUUAUGUUUGCUCGUUUAAGUAAUAACAAGUAAUCCUUUUCGGUUGAAUAUUAUUCACUUCACCUUUGAUCCUUGACUGCUAAACUAUUUUCAUAUCAUGGUUGAUACUUUGUUGAAAUUUCCUGUUUUCUAAUCAUUUUUAUAAGCACUAUGACUGUUGUGCAUGAAAUUACAUAUAAAGUGAUUCACAGACAAUAUACCUGUGCCAAAUUAUAUAUAUAUAACUACAAAAAACGUUACACCAACCCACGUAAAUGUGAAAUUCCAUCGCAUUACACAAUCAACAGUAUUAUACAUGGAAAUCACAAGAGACAAUACAUAGAUGAAUUUAUAAAAAGAAUAAUAAUCAUAAUAAGUACGAUGAUGAAGAAAUAAUAUCACCACAAAAAUAAGUUAGAACCAAUAUUGAUUAGGUUUAUUCAGAUUAAAUUAAAGCCUUCAUGAAAUGUAAUAUACCAGAUUUUUGUCAGCAUGAAUAUGGUAUGCCGUGUAAAUAGUUUGUAGGCGUCUUGAAUACUACUACUAAUUAGACUACUAAAUAAAUUUGACGAUUAAAUACUACAUCAUCAAAUAAACAUGAACCAAUCAAUUUGAAUACACGAAUCAACUAUGUAUUGAUGAUUACAGUUUUUUUAUAAAACAGAUGUACACAAUUUGUAAAUUGGUUUUGGUGAUUAAAAAUGAAUAUUUCUUCAAUCAUUCGACUGCAGUAUGUUUUUUAAACAUGUUUUCAUUACCCAAGAUUAACAUAUGACAACAUAUUUCACUCUGGGGUUAUAACUAAGUAUUCUUGAGUUAUAUUUGCUACAGCUUACACACUUGAUAAUACCCAUCGUCAUCAGUAUAAAGAACAAAUUUGUCGUUGCAUGCUAUCAAUAUUACAUUGUAAACUUUAAAAAAACAUAGACGUCAGAAUCGAUCACUUUAUAUAGUCCAAUAUAGACCAUACAUUUUAUCCUUUCUACUUCAAAAAUGUCGUCCUGUGAAACUAUAUGAUUACUAAGCAAACAGUGAUGCGCGCUGAUUAUUAGUAAAAGAUCUACUAAAAAAUAGACCUGACUACGUAUUAUUACUGAUUCAAACGAAUUAGAAAACAUCUGAUUUCGGUUAUAUUUAUUUGGUUUUUUAUGCUGUACAACAUUGUCUAACUUAUUAACUACCGGGUUUUCCUAAAUAUGUAUUUUCCCAGCUUCCCUCUACAACAACACUAGUUCUCAACACUGAUAUCUUUGAUGACUAGCAAUAUUUUUUUUGAAUAAAAGUACCAUUAGUUCUGGUUACCUACUGUGAAAUUACCAGUCAAUUAUCGUUAUCUUUUGAAAGUAUGAACUGACUCUGGCCGAAUUUGAAAAAAAAUUUAUUAUUAUUAUUAUUGUGUACAAAUAUGGACUGAAUCAAAUACCUGUAAUAAAAAUAUAUAAUACCAAAAUAGUAUUUCAAAGAAACAUUGUUGAAAGAGAUGUUUUUUCUUACAAAUGGUUAUUUAAAACAUAGUUUACUGUUUUACACUCAUAUAACAGUGCAACUUAAUAUGAAAUAUAUAUGGU